AUGGACUUCACAGAGAUCUACAAACAAACAUCCUCGCUUGUCGCGUUCAGUCCUGGCGCUCAGUUUAUUCUGACUGCUGUGCAAGACCGUCUAGUCGUGCGCCGCUCUGACACUCUGACUAUCACGCGAACCUGGCCGGUCGACGCGUCUCCCUCGGCGACCGAAACUGCGCUGUCCAACUCCAAACCGAAGUCAAACGCCCCGGGAUCUAGCUCUUCGCUGAGCAAUGCAUGGAUUACUCAUAUCGGCUGGGCUUGUGACUCGGAGUACAUACUAGCUGCGUGUGCAAAGAGGGGUGUUGUAAACGUUUUCAAGAUCAGGGACGAAGAUUGGUCUGCCCGCAUUGAAUCCGGCGCAGAAGGGCUCGUGAAAGCGGAAUGGGCUCCGGACGGACGGACGGUCCUGUGUUUCUCUGCAUGGGGGUUAAGAGUGACAAUCUGGUCCUUAGUAAGUGGCACAGCCACAUAUAUCCAGUUCCCUGUGCACGCGGAUCGGGGUUACGCGUUCCGUGCCGAUGGUCGAUAUUUCAUCUUAGCGGAACGACAUAAGUCCAGGGAGACUUUGGGCCUUUACGACACCGAAGACUCUUAUAAGUUAGUUAGGCAUUAUCCUCUUCCCACAGCUUCGCUGUCUUCAUUGUCAGUUUCUCCGACCGGUAACCAUGUAGCAGUGUGGGAGGGCCCUCUGGAAUAUAAGCUAUACAUUUUGACAUUAGCAGGCGAGAUUCUAGCCUCAUUCUCUCCGGAUCCGGAUCCCGGUCUUGGCAUACGCUCAGUAGCAUGGCAUCCUGGCGGAGCCUUUUUAGCAGUCGGUGGCUGGGAUGACAAAAUUUACAUGUUAGAUAGUUUAAGCUGGUCACCAGUAGCCGUACUGGAACUUCCGAGGCGCAUACCCGCUGGCAUUGCGACAUGGCGAGAACCGACGGGAUGGUUCGAAGCUACGCAGGGUCGAGGUUUCUUAUCGUUUGAACGACUGCAGGGAUCGCAAACCAUACCGGUGACUCGUCCCGACCUGACUAAAGCACAUCCGAAGAAUGGUGUUAUACAGUUACAAUGGAACAAAUCAGGAACCUGCCUCAUGGCUCGGUUCGAAAAUGCGCCGAGCAUAGUCAACAUCUACUCAUUUCCUACUCAGUCCGAGAGCUUCGUGCCAAAGCUGCGUAGCGUUCUCAUCCUAUCAAACCCAGUAUUGCAAGCGCACUGGAAUCCAGUGAGAGCAGGAAGUUUGGCUGCCUGCUGCGGCAAUCGAGCACUCUACACGUGGAGCGACGAGUGGGUGGGAGAGAGCGGGGAGGAAGAGGAGAUGGCUGAAUGUAUAGGAGUGCCUGCAAAGAAAUUGGAUGUAAGGGAGGUUAAAUGGGCGCCUGAUGGCAAGGGACUCCUUUUGCUUGACAAGGAUACGUUCUGCUGCGCCUUUGAGGUGGAAGCAGACGAUGAGAAUGGAGGCACCUAGGCUGUUGCUGCAUCUUACUUCUUGAUUAUUCUGUCCCCUGCGUACAAUAGUUUACAAUAGUGUGCUCAUAUUUCAACAGUACUGCUUCAG